AUAGUAAUAUUUACACUGCCACAAUCUUCUGCCCAUUAUAUUCCCCACCUUUGUGCUCUCUUUCUUUAUGAUGGAGAAAGUUGAACCUCAAACUUUAACAAUGGAACAACAACAGCAAGGUGAAGAAGAAUCAGUAGUAGAAUCAUCAUCAGAUGAAAUCCUCUCGGCCCACCAUCUCACACUCCCACCCGGUUUGACUCAUGAUGAGUUCGAAGAUCUCAAACAAGCAAUCACCGAGUUCCACGUCUACCGAGUCAACUCAGGCCAAUGCUCUUCCCUUCUAGCCCAACGAGUCCACGCGCCGCUCGAAACCGUCUGGUCCGUGGUCCGGUGCUUCGACAAGCCCCACACAUACAAACACUUUAUCAAAAGUUGCAGCGUGAGAGAAAACUUUAGCAUGACCAUCGGUGACCUUAGAGAUGUCACGGUCAUCUCCGGUUUACCGGCUACAACCAGCACGGAGAGGCUCGAUUUAUUGGACGAUGACAGGCAUGUCACGGGGAUUAGCAUAAUUGGUGGGGAGCAUAGAUUGAGGAAUUACCGGUCAGUGACGACUGUUCACGAGGUGAAACGUGAGGGGACGAUCUGGACCGUUGUUUUGGAAUCGUACGUUGUGGAUGUACCAGAAGGGAAUACUGAAGAGGACACGCGCCUUUUUGCUGAUACUGUUGUGAAGUUGAAUCUACAGAAGUUGGCUUCUGUGUGCGAAUCCAUGGUACGUGAAAAUGUCUAAGUGAUUUUUCUUUAAAAACAUGUGAAAUGUGAAAAUAAAAAUAAAAUAAGAAAUAAGAUCUUUUUUUUGGGUCUUUUUCUUUUUUAUUUUCGGAUCAAUUGAACAUUUUUUAUUUCAAGAAUAUGGUUCAAGGAAUAUGCAAGCAAUAUGGGGACAUUUGAUCAACUUGUGAAUUUGAAGAUGAAGGUGUAUAUUGACUUGGUUUUGUGAAAAUUUUCUAUUCUAAUUUUGGAUUAUUUC